AUGGGGUGCACCACCUCAAGGCAGGCCCGUCACGACCUCCGAUACUGCCCGUCGCCGCUGGGGGCGCUGCCGCGCAGCCAGUCGUACCCGGCUCGUUGCUCCAGCGACGUCGGAGUCCACGUGGUGCGGCUCACGUCGUCCACGCUAGGCUCCCUGGAGCUGGACAAGGCCAUGCCGCGGGCGCCGGAGCCCGCGGCGGCGCGCGCGCCCACGAGGCUGGCGCCGCGCACGCCCACCAUGACGCCGCCCAACGAGCCGGAGGACAUCGACGCGUGGGCGCUCAUGGCCGGCCUCGAGGACCACUCGCCGCUGCUGGCCGCGCCGUUCGGGCGCCACUCCUUCUCGUUCCCGGUCGCCACGGUGCCGCAGGAGCUCACGGCGUCCGCCAAGGUGACGCCGCUGCCGAUGCCUCGCCCCGACGCCGCCCUGACGAACGGCGGCGAGGAGGGGAAGGCGCCGGCGCCGGCAAAGCCGCGGAGGGCGGUGUUCUACUUUACGUCGCUGCGCGGCGUGCGCGCCACGUACGAGGACUGCUGCCUCGCGCGCGCCAUCCUCAAGGGCUACGGCGUGCGCCUCGACGAGCGCGACGUGUCCAUGCAUCGCGGAUUCCGGGACGAGCUCCGCGGCCUCCUCGGCCUCGGCGGUGGCGCGAUCGCCAAGUGCUGGGCGCCCGCCGUCCUCCCCAGCCUGUUCGUGGACGGGGAGCUCGUGGGCAACGCCGAGGAGCUGAAGCGGCUGCACGAGGCCGGGGAGCUCGCGGCGAGGCUCGCCGGGUGCGAGAGCGCCGCGGCGGCCGGCGCCCACGGCGAGGCCGGCGCGUGCGAGGCCUGCGGGGACGUGCGGUUCGUGCUCUGCGAGGUCUGCUCGGGCAGCUGCAAGGUGUACGUGGACGACGAAGACGAGCCGGAGGAGGAAGGCGACGAAUGCGGCGGCGGCGCCGGGGCCGGGUUCCGGCGGUGCACGGAGUGCAACGAAAACGGCAUCGUGAGGUGCCCCGUGUGCUGCUGCUGA